AUGACAGUCAAGGAGAGCCCUACCAUUGGGACGGCCUCUGAGACCAUGAAGGAACCUGCGACCCAGUCUGAGGGUUUUGACCACACUGCCGAAGCCUCGCCUCGUACAAUCUACUCCAAAGUCAGCGGUUGGUAUGCCACGCCUCUCUUUCAGCUAAUUUUGGUCGCUCUCAUCUGCUUUCUUUGCCCUGGCAUGUUCAAUGCCUUGAGCGGCAUGGGAGGAGGUGGAAUGACUGAUGCGACUCUGGUGGACAAAAUGAACACUGCUCUAUAUGUUACCUCCGCAUUUACCAGUUUCUUUUCUGGUACGAUCGUGAACCGACUUGGUGUGCGGCUCACACUUGCCUGUGGAGGUAUCGGUUAUUGUAUAUAUGUGGCCAGCUUACUCGCCUCAUUACACAAACACGUCCCCGGUUUCAAUAUCUUUGCCGGGUUCUUGCUCGGUGUGUGCUCAAGCCUGCUAUGGACUGCUCAAGGCACCAUUAUGGUCUCAUACCCAUUAGAGCACCAAAAGGGACGCUUCUUCACUUUGUUCUGGUCCAUCUUUAACGUUGGAUCGUGCGUUGGCAGUCUGAUUGUCCUUGCCAACAGUAUCAACGAGAGAAAAAACGUCAAUGUGCCAGACAGCACUUACAUUGUUUUUGUCGUUCUGACAUUCCUGGGCUCUGUUAUUGGGCUUUUCAUGGCUGAUGCAAAAAAGGUGGUCCGGUCGGAUGGGUCGAGAGUCAUUCUGAUGAAGAACCCGAGUUGGAAGUCUGAACUCGUCGGCCUCUGGACAACUCUCCGUAGUGAGCCAUCUGUCCUGUUGCUUUUCCCUAUGUUCUGGUCAUCCAAUUGGUUUAUUUCCUAUCAGACCAACUCUGUCAACAGCGCUUACUUCAACACCCGCACCAAGGCGUUGAACACCUUCCUUUACUACAUUGCUCACAUCCUCGGAGCUUGCUUUAUCAGCACCUUGGACUUGAACUACUUCCGCCGCACUAUCCGUGCUAGGGGAAUGCUGGUCAUUCUCUUCGCCCUGACGAUGAUUAUCCAUGGUGGCGGUUACGUAUUCCAGAAACAGUACACUCGUCCGCCUGGCGGCGUGAAACCAUCAAUCAAUACGGACUGGACGGAUUCCAACUAUGGUGGACCAAUGUUUUUGUACUUUUCCUAUGGCUUCUAUGACGUUGUCUGGCAGGGUGCAGUAUACUGGUACGUGAUCUCCCUCUUCCUUCAUAUCAAUGCAUCAAACCCUUGGGAUCUGACCAGGGAAACCAAUUCAUUUAGGUACAUUGGGACAAUCAGCAACUCUGGUCGUAAGAGUGCCAACUAUGUCGGCUUCUAUAAAGGUAUCCAGUCUGCCGGUGCUGGUGUGAUGUGGGCUUGGGACUCAACGCACCCGGCGUAUAUGGCCGAAUUUGCUAGCAACUGGGGCCUUUUGGCCGGCUCCGUGAUUUGUGCUGCGCCUAUGAUCUGGCUCAAAAUCAAGGAUCAUGUUGCCGUUGAAGAGGAUUUGGUGGGCACAGAUGAGAAGCUUGAGGAUGUGAAGCCUGUUGAUACAGAAAUGCGCGAACGUGUAGCUUGA